CAUGAGGUCCAAUCCUACAUGGGGCACCUGGAGACUUCAGACAAAGAGUCAGUGCACUUAGUAGAAAAUGAGAUCCAGGCGAGGAUAGACAGUAUCUUCAGCAACUUAGAGCGUCUGGAAAUCCUGUCCAGCAAAGAGCCUCCCAAUAAGCGACAGAAUGCUAAGCUACGAGUUGACCAGCUGAAGUACGAUGCUCAGCACCUGCAGACAGCUCUGAGGAACUUCCAGCAUCGCCGCUACGUGCGGGAGCAGCAGGAGCGGCAGCGGGAAGAGCUGCUUGCACGAACAUUCACCACCAAUGACUCUGACACCACCAUCCCGAUCGACGAAACUUUGCAGUUUAACGAAUCCCUCCAGAAUGCCCAUCGUGGCAUGGAUGAUCUUAUUGGCAGUGGGACCAACAUCCUGCAGGGCCUGAGGGACCAGAGAGUGACAUUAAAGGGUACUCACAAGAAGAUCCUGGAUGUUGCCAACAUGUUGGGCUUGUCCAACACAGUCAUGCGGCUGAUUGAGAAGCGAGCCUUUCAAGAUAAAUACUUCAUGAUUGGGGGGAUGAUUUUGACUUGUGUGAUUAUGUUUCUCGUCGUGCAGUACCUGACAUGAGUUACCGAACUUCUGCUGGGGGAGAUGGUCUUUUGGAGCAAGAUGG